AUGUUAUUUGCGCUUCUUUGGUGUAUACUGCUCUGGAUUAUCACGCUUUGCCUAGUAAGGAUAUGCGCCGUAAUUCCUCUAUUCAGCAGCAGUAAGAGGCAUGCUACCGCUGAUGCUGAUGCCAAGGAUCUUGUCUUGUUUGUUUUCCUUGGGUCAGGUGGACAUACUGGGGAGAUGCUACGAUUGCUAGAUCAUUAUCAAAAGGCGAUAAUUGAGGGGGCAACUACUAUACAUGUGGGAUAUUCGGAUGAGGAUAGUUUGGUGAAGUUUAAGGAUAAGAUCGGGGCUAUUGUUUCUUCUAAACAGCUACAGGUGAAAAUAGAGUACCAUCAUUUCAAGAAGGCGCGUGAUGUUGGGAGUUCGGUUGCAGGGUCCGUGAUAAGUAUCAUCGAGACGCUGAUAACUUCGAUGACUAUUACGUAUAAUAUCAAGAAGUCUAUGAGGGGUAAACCGAACCUCACUUUGCUCAAUGGGCCCGGGACCUGUUGUAUAAUUACUGUGUGGCUGAAAUUGUACCAUUUGUUCUUAUGGCAGCCUUCCAAGAUUGUGUAUGUAGAGUCGUUGGCGCGGACCAACAGGUUGAGUCUAACUGGGAAGAUUCUGUACCCAUUGGCAGACGAGUUUGUGGUGCAAUGGCCGGAUCUACUCCCAGCGUAUCCAAGGGCCAAGUAUUACGGCAUUCUCGUGUGA